AUGCCUGGUCCCGCCAGAACAUUGCCCCCCGCCCUUUCCUCCGAGGGAGAGGCGAAUGAAAUCCGACCGCACAUGACCAACAGCGACCAGCAUGGUCGAUCUUCCACCGGGGUUCAUCAGACUGCGCGCGUCGCGCUUUACAACAAGAGACGUCAACCAGGGUGUCCAGCAAGAACAGCCAGGGCAGAAAUCAAUAGCAGCGCUUCUGCUUACCACAUCAACGGAUUCGCCAUCAGCGACGCAGACGAGACGGCAGAGUGGGAAGACUUCAUCGAAGCGAGCGAGCCGCCUCUCAAUUGUUUCCAGUUCGUCCGCCGCGUGGAUUUGAAUGGAACGGCAGCCGGUCGUUCUUUGAUCACGAUCAUGUUGGGGCAAUCUAGUCUUUGCACCAAGGACGAAGACGCAGCUGCACGCGAGGCAUAG